AUGGCGUCCUUUAAGAUGAUGUCGUCUUCCAAUUCCAGAAAUUCCGAUCUAUCUCGUCGUAAUUCGUCUUCUGCUUCAUCUUCUCCCUCUAUUCGACCGAACCAUCUCAGACGAGAUCCUCACGCCGAUCACUCGAGAAUAAGCUUCGGUUACGGCGGAGGGAACGAUGUGACGAUACAGGAUUACGCUUUCGCGUCUGAUUCAAAGCCGUUUGAGAUGGCGAUUGAUGUUGAUCGGAGUAACGGAGACCGGAGCAGCGUCAACGGCGGAAGAAAGAGCGUGGACGAUGUUUGGAAAGAGAUUAUAUCGGGAGAGAAAAUGAGCAUCAUGAAGGAGGAAGCACAGGAGGAAGAUAUUAUGACGCUUGAGGACUUCUUAGCGAAAGCAUCAGCAAUGGAUGACGAUGAUGAUGAUUCAGACGAAAUCGAUGUGAAGAUUCCGCCGGAGAGACUCAACGACGGUGGGGGAUAUAACAACUUGGAUUAUCCGAUGAUGCCGCAGCAGCAGCAGCAACACUAUCCGUUUCAGAUGAUCGAAGGAUCAAUAAGUGGUGGAGGGACGAGGGGAAAGAGAGGGAGAGUGACGAUGGAGGCAAUGGAUAAAGCUGCAGCUCAGAGACAGAAGAGGAUGAUCAAGAACCGUGAAUCUGCUGCCAGGUCGAGAGAGAGAAAGCAGGCUUAUCAAGUGGAGUUGGAGACUCUGGCUGCGAAACUAGAGCAAGAGAAUGAACAGCUUUUGAAGGAAAUCGAAGACAAGACUAAAGAGAGAUACAAGAAGCUUAUGGAGCAAUUGAUUCCGGUCGAUGAGAAACAAAGGCCAUCAUCAUCAUCGUCGAGGUCUUUAAGCAGGAGUCAUUCCUUGGAAUGGUAG